UUUAGGCUCAGAGCCUAUUGAGAUCAAAGCCGAAAUUGGUUUAGUGCUCUUGCCACGAUUCGUGUGCUGAGCUCAAGUGUGGGUCAAGUCCGAGUCUCUUCGGGUUCUGUGCCAUUCGUGCCACCAAAGCAAACAGCACAUUUGCCUCGUUUCCUUCUUUCCUCUUGGUCUUCUCGUUAUUCUUGCCUUUUCUUUCCGCAUUUCUGUCCGUCUUUGCCGUCGGUCUCUUGGCGGAACACGUUUCUUGGCUAACGCGGCGAAGUCAUGUCUAACUUUGAAUUGGUAGACCCCCAGGGAUGGGAGUAUGAUCUGCAGUCGGUCUACUCAGCAUACAUGGGCCAUUUCCAGUUGCAUAAUGUCCAGUGGUAUGAUCGUUCAUGGGGACCUCUCUUUGAAACAUUUGAAGAAUUCUUGGGUUUCUCGUGGCCUGUCAUCACUGUGACCGAUGCUUGGACUGGACGUCCACAUAUUGUCACUCGUAUGACCUCCAUAGGUGCUUUUUUGAAAAUGAUCAAGACCAGAUUUGGUGAAACCUUGCCGACAGUGGAUAACAUGCUCAAAGUGCAUCCAUUCGAGACUACCCAGAGACAUCUGCGCAAGGUUCACGACUGGUCGACCUACAAGAAAAUACAUUCUUCCC